GUGUAUGUAGAGGCAGUGCUUGGAUUCAGAAAGGUGGAAUCAAACCAGAUUCAAAUAUAAGCUUAACUUAUGAAGACAGCUUAUAGAAAAUCUGCUCUUUUAGAAGAAAGGCAAUUGAGGAACUGGCACAAUCCUGGACUUUGAACAAGUAAAAGGAAUGCAUAAGGGAUGUGCAGGCUGUGGGGCUUGGCCAUGGGAUGGGAUGGUUUUCAGAGGGUCGGUGUGGACUCGACGGGCCGAGUAGCUUGCUUCCACGCGGUAGGGAUGCUAUGACUGUCCUCCCUCCCGUCAGUGACACAGAAUCGGCGCCGUUCAACGGUCCCUGCUCGUGCCGGUUAUGAAAUCGCUCUGGAGACGAGGAUCCUAUACGUACAACCAUCUUAAUAACAUCAACAACAUUAAAAUGUCUAUUCAAAAAUGCUUCCCUUCAGGUGCUCUGAGAAGAUACAGUUACUGUGUGGCACCCAUGAUCAUGGCAGAACCAUCAAGGGGACUUGUGGAUGAACCGGUCAAACUCGAGAUUAGACAUUUAAGGCCCAACCGACAAGUCACUUUACAGUCAAGACUGCUGUCUGAGGACGCUGAUUGGUGGGAGGCAUAUGGCCAUUAUGUCAGUAAUUCAGAAGGAAUUGUUCAAGUCGCCAGAGACAAGUCAUGUGGAGGCACUUACACAGGCCAGGAACCGAUGGGCUUAAUAUGGAGUAUGAAGCUUGUACCUGGCAGUCGCCCUGGCAUGCGGCUGAGAAAGAAGAAUGUGACAGUUCCAUAUUUGAUAACCAUCUCUGUGUAUGAUGGAUGGAUUUCCAGGAAUUUUGACAAAGAGGCAGUAUUGGCGUCAGUUGUAUUAGAACGUUCUUACAUGGCACCAGGCAUUACUCGGUUAGAGCUCAAAGAGGGUCCUGUUUUUGGGACAGUAUUCUUUCCCCCAGGACCUGGACCAUUUCCUGCAGUUUUAGAUAUGUGGGGUGGUGGUGGAGGUCUUGUUGAAUACCGUGCAGCACUUCUUGCAUCACGAGGAUUUGCAACCUUGGCUUUGGCUUACUUGGGACAUAAGAACAUCCCACAGUCAUUACAAAUAUUUGACCCAGAGCUCUCAUACUUCAAGGAGGCCUUCAAAACCCUGAAUAACCAUCCAAAGGUUUCAAAAGGCAAUGUAGCCAUUUUGGGACUCUCACUUGGAUUUACACUUGCACUACUGAUGGCAACAGAGGUCCCAAAUAUUCAUCCAAAGUGCUUAGUCUGCAUCAGCGGAAGUCAUUAUAAAAUUCUUCAGGAAGGAGGAACAAACAUCUUGCCUGAGCUUCUCAAGGAUCGAUGUAAAAUUAAGUUUACAGAAGAUGGUAGUAUGAUAUGGAGAAAUGUCCCUUUGCCAUUCCCCGAUGAUCCAAAGCAGAUGAUUCAGGUUGAUAAAAUCAGAUGCCCCUUGAUGCUUAUUUUUGGAGAAGAUGAUCAGAACUGGCCUGCACAUGAAUCAGCCGUAGAGAUCCGGAAGAUUCUGAAAGCUGCAGGGAAGGAACACUUGCUCACAACACUGUCAUACCCUCAGACUGGACAUCUGAUUGAGCCUCCGUAUAGCCCUCACUUCAGAGAAUCCAAGUUUAAGGUGCUUCCUGCAGACAAAGCAGUGACAAUUUUGUGGGGAGGUCAAGCAAAACCUCACUCGGAUGCUCAAGAGGAUUCCUGGAAAAAGAUCCUAGUAUUUUUAGAAGAGCACCUUGUGUUUCAACACGCAGCUGCUGUCGUUCAAUCCCAACUAUGAAGAAGUGAUGAUAGACAAUUUGAUUUUCUUUUUAUUCUGUCAAACCAAGAGAAUUAAUCAGUUGUCUUCUGUUCAUCAAAAGAAAUAAUCCCAAAACUUCUUGUUUAUUAGGUGACUGUUGGUCUGAUUUAUGUUUCAUGGGUGGUUUUCUCAGUGAAACCUGCCACUGUUUCAUGUUAAUUUUAUAUUCUUCUUCACUUUGUAACAACGCUGCAUUUUUUAAAAACUCUGAUUUGUGCCUAAGAACGUGCCAUUUAAAGGCAGCCAUUAUAAAAACUUCUCACUGCACUGCUGUACUCCUGUACUGGAGUGCAUGUGGCAAUAAAGGAUAUCCUAUUCCAUCCUUUUGUGCUUCAGAAUCAUGGACUCCGUACAGCACAAAAGGAGGCUAUGCUUCAAACCAUUGUGACUGUGUAGAUUUGUUGAAUGAAUUAUUUAAAUAAUCCCUCCAAUCUUCUUUCUCUUGAGAGCCAACAUUUCUGUUUGAAAGCAGUUGUGAAAUCCAGUUCCCACCAUCCUUUUAGAAAGACGGGAUAUUCCAAAUCAAUGCAACUCACUAUGUCUUUUUUUAAAAAAUUGCAUAAUCACCAGUUAUAAAGUCAUAGAAUCACCGAAACAGGUGCUUUGGACAACCAGUCCAUACCAACCAUAAUCCCAAAACAAAGUAGUCACACUUGCCUGUGCUUGGCCCAUAUCUCUUUAAACAUUUCUCAUUCAUUAUUUUUCCGCUAGUUUCUCCUCCAUUUCUGAAUUCUCCUCUAUAAAUUCUGUCCCCACCUGUAACGGACCCAUAUUGGCUUGUAAGUCUUUGCCUUUCCACGUAACUAAAGAGGCUUUUAUAGCUUCCUUUGUUUCUCACUUAUUUUUUCCUUUUCCUUAAUCAAGUUAGAACAUAGAACAGUACAGCACAGAACAGGCCCUUCAGCCCACAAUGUUGUGCCGACCAUUGAUCCUCAUUUAUGCACCCUCAAAUUUCUGUGACCAUAUGCAUGUCCAGCAGCCUCUUAGAUGACCCCAAUGACCUUGCUUCCACAACUGCUGCUGGCAACGCAUUCCAUGCUCUCACAACUCUGUGUAAAGAACCCGCCUCUGACAUCCCCUCUAUACUUUCCUCCAACCAGCUUAAAACUAUGACCCCUCGUGCUAGCCAUUUCUGCCCUGGGAAAUAGUCUCUGGCUAUCAAUUCUAUCUAUGCCUCUCAUUAUCUUGUAUACCUCAAUUAGGUCCCCUCUCCUGCUUCUUUUCUCCAAUGAAAAGAGACCGAGCUGAGUCAACCUCUCUUCAUAAGAUAAGCCCUCCAGUCCAGGCAGCAUCCUGGUAAACCUCCUCUGAACCCUCUCCAAAGCAUCCACAUCUUUCCUAUAAUAGGGCGACCAGAACUGGACGCAGUAUUCCAAGUGCGGUCUAACCAAAGUUUUAUAGAGCUGCAACAAGAUCUCACAACUCUUAAACUCAAUCCCCCUGUUAAUGAAAGCCAAAACACCAUAUGCUUUCUUAACAACCCUGUCCACUUGGGUGGCCAUUUUAAGGGAUCUAUGUAUCUGCACACCAAGAUCCCUCUGUUCCUCCACACUGCCAAGAAUCCUAUCCUUAAUCCUGUACUCAGCUUUCAAAUUCGACCUUCCAAAAUGCAUCACCUCGCAUUUAUCCAGGUUGAACUCCAUCUGCCACCUCUCAGCCCAUCUCUGCAUCCUGUCAAUGUCCCGCUGCAGCCUACAACAGCCCUCUAUACUGUAAAUGACACCUCCGAUCUUUGUGUCGUCUGCAAACUUGCUGACCCAUCCUUCAAUCCCCUUAUCCAAGUCAUUAAUAAAAAUUACAAACAGUAGAGGCCCAAGGACAGAGCCCUGUGGAACCCCACUCACCACUGACUUCCAGGCAGAAUAUUUUCCUUCUACUACCACUCGCUGUCUUCUGUUGGCCAGCCAGUUCUGUAUCCAAGCAGCUAAGUUCCCCUGUAUCCCAUUCCUCCUGACCUUCUGAAUGAGCCUACCAUGGGGAACCUUAUCAAAUGCCUUACUGAAGUCCAUAUACACCAUAUCCACAGCUCGACCCUCAUCAACUUUUCUAGUCACAUCCUCAAAAAACUCGAUAAGGUUUGUGAGGCAUGACCUACCCCUCUCAAAGCCGUGUUGACUGUAUUUAAUCAAGCCAUGCUCUUCCAGAUGGUCAUAAAUUCUAUCCCUCAGAAUCCUUUCUAACACCUUGCAGACGACAGACGUGAGACUUACUGGUGUGUAAGUUGUACUUCUUUUAAGUACUAAUGAUAGCGGGUCUAUUGUCAAGUCUUUCGAUGUAUUUUCUUCAAUCUACCAUUGCCAUCUUGCCUCCUAUGCCAUUAAAUUCUCUCAUUCAGAUUUAAGACCCUACUUUCAAAGUGAACUAUAUCACAUUCAAAUUUGAUGAAAUUCUAUCAUGCGAUGGUCACUAUUUUCUCAAGUUCUGAUUAAUACUCGGGCUAAAAUAGCCUGAUCCCUAGUUGAAUCUUGAACGUACUGUUCCAGAAACCCAUCUCCUAUAUACUCCAGAAAUUUAUCCCAUGCCACAAUACAGAAUAAGUUUAUCCAGUCUGUAAGUAAAUUGAAUGUAUUACAUGCAUUCCUAAUUUGAAUCAAUUGUAAGGGGAGUAGAAAGGCGGUUUGUGAUCAAAAACGAGACUCCCAAAUGGUACGUUGCCUCCCAGGUCCACAGGUCAGGAAUGUCUCAGAUUCACUGCAGGACAUUCUGAAGUGAACAGCCAGCUGUCGUGGUGAAUAUAGGCACCAAUGAUAUAGGUAAAUAACGGGAUAAGGCCCUACAAGCAGAAUUUAUGAAGUUAGGAGCUAUGUUAAAAAGUAGGACCCAGAGGUAGUAAUCUCAGGAUUGCUUCCAGUGCCACAUGCUAGUCAGAGCAGAAAUGAAAGAAUAGGCAGGAUAAAUAAGUGACUUGAGCGAUGGUGCAUGAGGGAGGGGUUCAUAUUUUUGGGACAUUGGGACCAGUUCUGGAGGAGGUGGGACUAUUAUAAAUCAGAUAGUCUUUAGCUGGGUAGCACUGGAACCAAUAUUCUAGAGGGUGCCUUUGCUAAUGCUGGUGGGGUGGGUUUAAACCAAUGUGGCAGGGGGAUGGGAACCAAAUGUGGAGGUAGUAACUAAAGCCUGUAAGGAACUAGAUAAUGAAGUCAGUGUGACAAAAGGGAAGCUUUUUCGCAGAGUGCGGGACUCAAUUACUAGGAGUCACGAUUUCAAGGUGAGGGGGAAAAGUUUAAGGGAGGAAUGCGUGGUGAGUUCUUUACACAGAGUGUGGUGGGUGCCUGGAACGCAUUGCCAGCAGAGGUGGUAGAGUCAGGCAUAAUAGCGUCAUUUAAGAUGUAUCAAGACAGAUACAUGAAUGGGCAGGGAGCAGAGGGAUACAGAUCCUUAGAAAAUAGGCGACAGGUUUAGAUAGAGGUUCUGGAUCGGCUCAGGCUUGGAGGGCUGAAGGGCCUGUUCCUGUGCUGUAAUUUUCUUUGUUCUUUGUUUUUUAAUUUCCUAAUUCUUAUAAUGGCCAAACAUGAUUACUGUUUGGUGGCCUGUAAAAGAAUUUCCACCAAUGUUUGCUGGCCUUUGCAGUCACUGGACUUCACCCAGAUUCUACACCUUGGUCUUUUGAUCUAAGAUGUCUCAUUAAUGUACUCAUGUCAUCACUCAUUAAGAGAGCUACCUGACCUUCUGUACCUUUGCCUAUCAUUCUUAAAUGUUGUGACCCAUAAAUAUUCAGUUCCCAAACUUGGUUCACUUAUUAAACUCUAUUGCUGAAUAAGGUGUUUGUGGGAAUUGCAUUUCUAAGCAUUUUGGAUGUAAGACAAUUGUGAUCUUGUUUGGAAGUAAUUAUGAAAUCUGCUUGUGUAAAAUUACUUCAAAGCUACACUGUUUCGGUUGUGAAUAUCUUUCAGAUAAAAAUUCAAUAUUUUGUGCAUUUUUUCUGAAAAAUACAUUUUAAUUUCAGAAUUUAGUUCAAGUCACCCAUUAUUAUGAAUGUGAUAUGAUUGCACAAGGGGAAUGUUGGAUUAAGCAAUUUUAAAUGCUAGAAAUAGACACUUUAAUUGUAUUAUAACUUGAAUGAAGGUGUUUUUCAUAUUCUGUAUUGAAAUAUAAAUGAAAUGAAAUUUUAGAUUUCAGUGCCAUAAAAUGCUAAGUAAAGCACG